CCUCUCCAGGCAUUCUCUAUUCUGUCAGAAGCAAGAGAUCACGACAUGAGAAAGAAGAAAAUGUUAUCUGGUCUCUAUGCUGAAUGCGAGGAAUGUUUGACUGAAAUGGACGCCAAAAUUCGCUCACUGCUUAAGCGCCAAAUAGGUAACUUUGACGAGCUGAUACGAAAACACCAAAUAGAUAUGAAGAGAAAAGAAUACGUCCUUCUAGUAGCAGGUAAAUGACCAACAUAUGGCGGUACUACUAUAUAUUGACCUAUUUUCCUUCUUUAUCGUUUUGGAUCGGCUGGUGAACACUCAGGGGUUCGGAAUGGUCCUUACUUGGUUGGAUUAAACUUUACGACUGAAACUGCAAAAAAAAAAAAAAAAAAAAAAAGGAAAGAAAGAAAGAAAGAAAAAACAAAAAUAACAUCAAUAACAUUUAUAUACCCGCAUUCUUUGCAAAGAAACCACAAACACACGUUACGACAGAAUCUCUUUGGAUUCAAUUUAUCCGAAGUGUUUCAAAAAAGAAAAAUAAACAAACAUGGCUCGAGUGCCAUAAUUUAUACUAUUUAUUAUUUACUGUUUGAGACUUGCUGAGGAAUGUUGGCUUUUUGUUGUUUUUACACAACCCAGCAGCGCUCGGUUCGUUUGCCAAAAUCGAGGGUCAAUGUUUUUCGGUAUAGUACCUGCGUUUGGUUAGUUGGAAGAUAGUACAACGUAAUAAUUAUUUUUGAUAUCACUGCAUUCCAGGCGAGACUGGCUCUGGGAAGAGCAGCUUAAUAAAUCUAAUUCUGGGAGAAGAACUUCUUCCGUACUCAGUACUCAGUACAACUUCCGCAAUUUGUGAAUUGCGAUAUGGGGAGAAACGUAAAAUAGUGGCCCAUUUCAAAGACACGGAUCCUAAAACAGGGCAUGAAACUUGGGAAUAUUUUCUGGAGCAACCAGCAGAAGCCUCUGAUGAAAGUUAUCUCCAGCAGCUCUCUCCAUUUGUCCACGUGAAGGAUACAGAUCGAGAAAAAGGUUCCGUUUAUAAAAAGAUCGAACUCUUCUGGCCCCAUCAACUCCUGCAAGUAGCUACACAGUGUUCCUUCAAACUUUGCUAAUUAACUAAGAGAUGGAAUAAAUAUUUUCAAUUCCUAUUUUUAGCUUAGAUGGACAAGAUUAGGAUCAGAAGGUCAUUGAAAAGGGCAAACAGAAUUUUAGACUAAAAAAAAUUUGUUAUACUUGAUGGACAAAUAAUAUCACAUCAAAUGCCUGGCUCAUGCCUCAUAAUAGAUAAAUACAGUGCAAAGUUUUGAAAAACAUGCGUCCUUACCCAUCGACUGAUUUAAACAAAACCCGAAAAACUCAUCGACUCUCGCAGGUAGCUACACAGUGUUCAUUCAAACUUUGCCAAUUAACUAAGAAAUGGAAUGAUUUUUUUCAAUCCCUACUUUAGUUUAGAUGGAUAAGAUUGGGAUCACAAGGUCAGUCAAAACGGCAAACACGAUUAUAGUAUCUAAAAUGGUGUGGGACUAAAAUCAUUUGUUAUGCAUAAUGGACAAAUAAUGUCACAACAAAUGCUUAGAACAUGGCUCAUAGCUCACAAUAGAUAUAUUCAGUGCUAAAUUUUGAAAAGCAUGUGUCCUUGCCCAUCGACUGUUUUAACCCAAAGGAAAAAAUCCUUUUCCUGAGGACUGAAUUAUAGAAUUUUCCAUUAAUCAAAACUAAGAAAUUAUACACCUCGAGUAAGGUUAGUCGAUGGUCAAACUGAGGAUACUCCAGUUAAUAUGAAAAGAGUAUUAACUUUCUCGGAAAUUAUACAUUAUGAGGGCAUCCCUUUUUAAAGACGGGGUUGUAUUUUUCAUAACCAGAUUGGAUGACACGCUAUAUUGGUCAAAGAGUUUAAAAAUAAUAAUGAUAAUAAUAACAAUAAAACCUCCAUUUGAUUUUUUCGUUUCAGAAAGGCGUUGUUAUUGUUGACAGUGGAAUUGGAAUUGGAGAAUCCGAACUCAUGGAUGAAGAGGUCGUGAAGUAUCUACCUGAAGCUUUCGCAUUUAUUUACGUCAUCAAAACUGACAACGCCGGAGGAGUCCAGAAAGACAGGGUCAGUGUUAGGAAUAACCACCAUUUCCAAAUGACAACAAUUUAGUAAGCUGUGAGGAGCCCUGUUGAUGGGGCUUUGAUACGUCAGAGUUUGACCCAUUGUCCUUUAGAAGAUUUCAAACCGUUACAGUGAUACUGAAUAAGAUUAAACUUUUAUUUAUUUUACAGCUCGAAAAGUUGCUGGAAGAAGUGAGAAAAGUGACUCUUAAUGAAAAGGGAGAAUUUUCAUCGAAGAGCGCCCUGUUCGUGUGUAGCAAGUGGGACCAAAUACCACAGAAAGAAAUCGAAGAGGUAAAGAAAUACGUGAUCAGAAAAUUGGAAAAGUGUUGGCCCGAUCUUGUUCCAGAGUCACAGAUCAUCUACAUGUCAGCAAAAAAGGCGAUUGACGCCCAGAAAUUGGGAAUCAUCACAAAUGACUUCCUCUCCUUGAUGAAUGGUAUAAGAUCCACGGUCAUGAAGAGCAUAGAGGCCAGACUAGAAAGUUAUUGGAGGUAAGAAUUGACUGAAAACGUUAUCGUCGGGUGAAAUGAUUGUGAUAAAUGCCCUAACUCAUUCCCUAAGACACUUCAGAACUCAUCAUCACCAUAAAUUUACCCAUCGACUAAACCUUUCCCAAUUUUCGAUAAGCCUGUAUCCUUCAUACUGGGGUUUUGUACCGCGUUGAAGGAGAGGCGUUUUAAAAUCUGGUCUUGGUAUGGGAUACACGGGUCAUUAGAUAUGAACGAUUUUUAAUCUCGAUUUUCCCACUGAACUUUUCUCUUGGCGUGAUUGUGAAUAAAGCGAGGUUGGAAUAAUAAAACAUUUGCAAUGGUUGCUCAUUGGGUGUUAAGUAAAAAUGAGGACAAAAAAGCCUAUCUAAAUUUGGAGCGAGAAUUGCCUAAUAGGUAAUUCAUCGAGUGCCGUUAUGGCUUUUACAGUUAAGUGAUUAGAAGUAGUUUAAAUUCUACACCAGCUACCAGGUUGAACAAUUUGUAUAUGGGAGUUAUUUUUUACUUUGAUUUAAAACACUAGACACUUUCAUAAAUGCUGCAGAAUAGUCAUGACCGAAAAAUUCAAGAAACUGAGUGCUAAAUUAUUUUAGCAAGAAAUCAUAAGCUAUGCCCACAUCUAUUUCAGGAGCUUCCAUCAAAUUCUAUAGCGUAAAUUAACCACUUUAUUGUCAUUUGAAUCUGAGAGGGCUCUGUUGUUUUGGUUUCUUUGUUUGCUAGAUCUUUAAUAAUAAUAAUAAUAAAUAAUAAACUUUAUUUACGUGUCAAAUAAGAUAGCAGUUUCCCACUAAGUAAGGACACCUAAACUAAACUAAUCUGAUCUAUAUAAAACUAAGCAUUAAAAAUUUAUUGGAAUAUGAUAAAAGAGCUCUUCCCAUAUAAAACUACCCUACCCCGAAAUAGUAGACCCCGUGUUUAUAAUACCCUACCCUGUAUAAUAAGAUAAUAACCUUAAUAUAAUGAGAUAAUAAGAUAAUAAUAAUUACAAUAAUAUGAUCUCGAUAAUAUUUAAAAUAUUUAAGAUUUACAUAAAAUACAGUUCUUGCAAUUAUUCGAAGAGAUUAAACUUUGUAUAUCUACUUUAUGUAAAGCGUUUUUAAAUUCUUGCAGCGUUCUUAGUGCUCUUAUUUUUCCAUCUAACUUAGACCAGAUUACUGGACCUAAGUACCUAAGAGAGUGCUUACCAUAGCGCGUAGUACUAACUCUAGGGAUAAUGAAAUCAUUGUUUCUUAAAUUAUAUUUGUUGUUAUUAAUAACAAACAGGUUCUUGAUAUUAUUAGGCCACAGAUCAUUUUUAACUUUAAACAUUAACACAGCUAUGUCAUGUAAUCGCCUAUUACGUAAGGUUUUUAAAUUAGCCCUCUUAAGGAGGUCGCUAUAUGAUGAUAUGCUAUCACAAUAAACAGCUCUAAGGGCCCGUUCUUGUACCCUCUCUAACUUUCUAGAAUCACUAGCUUUGCAACAAUUCCAUAUAAUACUACAGUAAGUUAAAUAAGGCAGAAUAGCAGCCUUAAAAAGUUGUAAUUUAGCCUUGGCUGGGAUUAACUUCCUUAAUCUAUUAAUUACACCCACCCUUUGACUGCUUUUUUUACAGAUGUUACUUAUGUGAUCAGAAAAAUUUAUAUUAUCAUCAAUAUUUACACCCAAUAACUUAAUAGAAUUAUAUGAUUUAAUGGCAGUUCCGUUAACAUUUAGCUCUAACUGUUCAUCCUUUAGUCUACCUCCUUUCAAUAUCAUUGAUCCGUAUUUAUCAAAAUUCCCUUUGAGAAAGUUCUUUCCUUCCUCUCUCUUUCUUUCUCUCCCUUUAUUGUUAUCUUUUUAGAAACGACUUUCGGGGAUAAUUAUAGAGACUCAAUAGGGCAUGCAUACUAGCAUACUUUAAAACUUGGAUGCUUUGAUACUUCAUUCUUCGAGAGGAGGAUCCCUUUUGUCCUUGUCUGUUCUGAAGAAAGGAAGCAAACGUCGAGUCUUUAUCCCUGGUUCCAUAUCAGUUAUUGAAUAUAUCUAUUUAUAUUUUAGAUGGCUUGAUUACCUCCUUUCACGAAUAGUUUAUCAAGCAAAGGCCUUUGUUAUGAAUGCCAAAAGAGAUCGUGACAAGGUCGCCAAGAAAAUGGAAAGAAUCAAUAACCGUCUGUCAGCUAUUGCAAGCGAACAAGGAAAAGUGGUGGAAGAUCUCCGAAAACACCUGAAAGCUAAAAUCGACGAGGCAGUUCAAAAGCUCUCCAUAUUUCUCAAGUCAGAUGAUGUCAAAACACGUUUCAUCUCAUGGAACUUGGAUGAGGUUCCUGAAAUAGAGGUCUCGUGGCAGGUCACAGAAAACAAUAUCAAUAAAGCAUUGCAAACAAGGUUGCAGGAAAUCAUAGAACAUUGGGAGGAAGAUGAACGAGUAUUUGCCGAUGCUCGAGAUUCCCUCCUGCAUUAUUUUCAGGAGCAGUACGAUUUUGUCGAGGGGCAAAUCCGGAAUCUGCAAGAUAGUGUCACGACUGAUGACCCAAUUAGUGUUUCAGAAGCUGAUCCCCCUGCUGAAAGCUUUUCUAUGGCAGCAAAGUUUGCUAUCGGUUUUACCAGCCCAAUCUGGGUUCCACUCACUCUAAUUGCUUUGGUGAUUGGCAGCCCAAUAGUCGGCAUAAUCUCGAUCAAAAACAAAGUUGAAGAUUCAAGGAGACUUAGGAGGUACGAAAAAGAGAGAUGCUCUCUCAUGGCUGAGAGGUCAGUAGACUACCUCAACAAUGCCACAAAUGAGUCCAUUCUCAAGGUGUUCGUAAAGAGCCAACUAAGCGAGGCAAAAUUGUGUCUGAAGCAUAUUGAGGCCCGUAUUCCAGAGCUAAUACAUGCUGACAAGAUGUUGUAUAAUCAACUCAGGCAUGAAACGCGGUCACACAAAGAGAUACAGGAGUCAUAUCAGCCUGUCCUGAAUCGAGCAUUGGAAAUCAGAGGACAGCUGGCGUUAUUUGGCCUGAGAGAAAUCCGUACCGCUGAUAUCAGCAGCCUGGAACUUGAGUGGAAAGCAGACAUGUCUCUUCUUCUUGGUCAAGGAGAGUUCACAACGGUGAUCGAAGGGAAAAUGAAGAGGCAUGGUAAGGAGCAAAGUGUUGCAUUAAAAAUUUGGAACGAAUCCCUUGACAUCAACAACGCAAGUCAUGUUUUGGCAGAAGCGAGUCUUCUAAGGUACGAAUUUUUAUUGCGGGAUUGCAUUUUAUUUUAAGUCUCCUUGGAACUGCUAAAAACCUAUGCAAUACGAGUUUCAAAACCAUAUGUAAAUCUAACAGUGAAUUAAUUUUGCGUGGCCAGGAAUACACCCAAUUCACAAGGUCAGCGGUGGGCUAUUAGAAAAAGGAAGAUUGUGUUUGUUACAACAGCAAAACAUUAACAUUAAAAAGGAUUUGGUAGUUUUUCUUGUGAAAAGAAAUAUAGUUAACUAUAACUUCACUUUUUUUUUUCAUUCAUUUUUAACUCGUGAAUUGCGCGCAUGCGCAAGAGCGAGUUAUAGAUACCAUGUGGGGAAUGGCAUUCGCUCGCUCGAUUGGUCGAUUCCUGUAAAAUUUUUUUAGAUUUUAGGCUUUUGAGUGCAUUUGAUAGUUUUUAGCGAGCAGUAAACAGAACAAAUGGCGACCUUUGUUGCUAAGAAUAGUGGUGGUUUGAAAAAGAAGCCAAUGAUAAUCUUAAAAGAGUUUUUUUUUCGUUUUAUUUUCAACAAGCGGCGACAGCGACUGGCGGGCAUGCAAGGAUUCACACUGAAAUAACAGAACAACCUUCGUUUUUCAUAAAAUUGUAAUUUACAAUCCUUGAACUCGAAAACAAUCCGAAGAUUCAUUGAAAAUAUUACUUACUGCGAAGCACUCGAAGUUUACAGAUGUUCAAAAGCUUUUUCUGUUAUGGCAUGAGAUUGAGGACAAAAUUGAUCAUUACGUUUCGUCGCGUGUGUUUUUCCUGUUUGAAGCAACAAAAGAUGCCGGCGACUGACAAAAUUACAAGUUAACACGAAAAUCAGAUAACACCUAAACAAACAAUUUUAGCUACCGAUUUUCAGUGAAUUUUUAAAGAACAAUUUUCUUUUAAGUUUCAAGACAAUUUGAAGAUUCAACAUACAUACAACGUACUAAAAUGCAAAAGUUACACACCACAAAAUUGAUAAAUAGGCCCGAAAUGAAAUUCUAUCUUGUUAUUGAUUAUACGUUGCCUAGCACGUGACUUAAAUUUACCCAGGCAGAGAUCCAAAAUGACGGUGGCAGGCUUGGCUUAGUUAUAUCACUCAAAACUAGUUCCAGUUUGUCUGAUUUGAUAAAGAGGGAAUCGUUAAUGUUUUCAUUAAGACAGUAUUGCCUUGAUUUUCUAAUAUUUACAGCGAAAGACAGUAAAUUUCACUUUUCACCCACAUUUACUUCCAACCUUUUCUUUUGAACCAGUAACAAAAAUGAUAGACGUUUAAAACACAUGACAUCAUCCACCUUGUCAAAUGUAAUAGCAUGAUCAUUUCAAUUGUAAUGCCUUCUUAUCCCAACGUUACUUUGUUUCUUUGCUACAUUAGCGAACACUGAACUACUGCUCGUACUCUAGAUAUGACAAUCAACCACAAAAUUCCCUAAACCAGAUAACAUUAAACAUCAUGUGUCAAAAUCAUGUGUCAAUUCACGAGUUUGCUCACAGAGCACUUUGAUUUUUUUAUUCGAUCAUUCCUGUACUGCGUUUAUACUGAGACGAAAAUUUGACUAAGUAAUGCUUGACUGUGUGUAGUUGAUUUCUUUCUCAGGAGGUUGGACCAUCCUCACAUUGUGAAGUUCUACGGUACAUCUCUCCUCAAAAGAGAUGGUGAGGAAAGAGUAGUAACGGUGCUGGAAAAGUGCAAGGAAAACUUGUGGACCCACAUCUUUAAUAAUCGAGCUUUUGUUCCUGCAGAAACAAAAGAUAUUGCAAAUAUUAAAACAGUUAAACGAUGGGCAAGAGAGAGAUCUGAUGCACUCGCGUUCAUACAUAAAGAGGGGGUUGUCCAUCGAGAUCUCACAUUGGAGAAUAUCUUGGUAUGAGAGAAUAGUUAAAAAAGAUUGAUGAUUUUUGUUAAGGCAACCCUGAGACUUAACAGUCAACUGCCGCAACGGAAAUGUCGAUCUCGUGAAUUAUUUGUUAAAUUUUUCCUGACGAAAUAUUACUUUUCCUACAGCAGCACUCAAAAUUCACAGAAAUUUUCGGUAAAAUAAGUUUUUUGCAGAGUGCAAUGAGUUCCCGUGACACUGCCGUAAAUAUGCUUUCCAUUUAACUGCCCACCUCGUAAUGUGUUCUUAAAAGCAUCGCGAUGUUCAUACAAUGUUUUCUUUUCAAUUAAAGUUAUCAGCAGACAACUCAGUAAGGAUUGCCGAUGUUGGGGAGUCCAAAGAGGCAAAGGAUAUCACAGGAUCAUGGGCUGGAACAGUUCUUUAUAUGGCACCUGAGGUGUUUCAGUCAAAGAGAUAUAGCUUCCAAGCAGACAUAUACAAUCUUGGAAUAAUUUUGUGGGAGAUGUGGUAUGGAAGACAGGCCUUCGCCGGACUAAAGGGGCUAGCACUAAAAGACAUCUCAAAGAAGAUAGCUGAUGACGGUUACCGUCCAGAAGUCGAAAGCAGCAAUUAUAGGAAACCUCCGCUUCCCUGGAAAAAUCUAAUGACCCAGUGUUGGAGUCAAGCCCCAAACGAACGCCCUUCAGCUAAGAAAUGUUACAUGGAAAUCAAGAAAAAUUAUGAGGCAGUCACUAGACUGUGA